AUGGCACAUCAUUCAAUUCUUCGUCUUCUCUCAAUCAAUCAUGAAGAUCUUCUUUGGAAUUCUUGCGCCAAUCCACCAUGCGCUCCAAUUGCUUGUGCGGCUCCACCAUGCCCGCCAGCUUAUCCGCCAGCUCCUCCACCACCGGCACCAGCUCCGGCUUACAAUCCAUAUCCAUGCGCUAACCCACCGUGCAUUGUGGUUCAGCCAACACCAAUCUACAACCCUUACCCAGAACCUGCUCCAGCUCCAAUUCCACCACCGGCGCCAGCACCAUCUCCGAUGCCAGUUUACACCCCAGUGCAGUGUGCUAUGCCACCGUGCGCACCAGCUCCCGCUCCUGCUCCAGCCCCCGCACCAGUUCCCGUCUACACUCCAGUUCAAUGCGCUGUUCCCCCAUGUGCUCCAGCUCCACAACCAGCUCCAGCACCUGUUCCAGUCUACACCCCAGUUCAAUGCGCAGUUCCACCAUGUGCUCCAGCUCCAGCUCCAGUACCUGUUCCAGUCUACACACCAGUUCAAUGCGCCGUUCCACCGUGCCCGAUUUACGAGCCAUACCCAGUGCCAGCACCAGCUCCAACUCCAGUCUACACUCCAGUUCAGUGCGCUGUCCCACCAUGCCAGGCUUAUCCAGUACCAGCACCAGCUCCAGCUCCAGCACAAUACGUCCCAGCCUACUCGCCGUACGCGUGCUCAACCCCUCCGUGCGCAGUCGCCGCGCCCGCCGCUGCUUAUUACCCGGCUUAUGCUCCAUUCCGCCGAGCAAUGAUGUGGUUCGGAAGCAACAAAGGAAAGAAGAUGGCAUCCGCUACGCCAAAAGCCCAAGAAGAGAAGAAGGAGAAGAAAACCGAAUAA